GAGUGUGCUUCAAUCAACAUAAUUGAACUGGGCAAGAUGCCAAUAGAUGGUAGCACUUGCAUGACGUUCAAGAUAGAUGAAAGAGGACUAGGAGCUCAGAAGACGUCAAGUGUAUUCCAACGUGCAGUGGAAGAUGAAGCUGGGCCAUGCUCAUCAGGGACCAAGACCAAUACCAAAUCAAUGAAAAUGGCCAACAAAAACCAGAGUAAAAGAGCUAGGGCAAGUUUCAACAAAUUGGCUGAGGACAACCUAAUAGCAGAAAAGAAGAACAUCCAUCUGCAACAAGAAACCGUACGUAACGGCGAGCUAGUCGAGCUAUUGCUCGUCCAACUCGUCGGCAGCAUCUUGAUACGGAUGGCUGACUGACUCGAACAGUGUCUCCUACGACGAGUUGGAAGGAUCCAGUCGCCAUGGCACGAAGAAAUAUGCACAGCUGCUGGAUCGGCAGGAGAGGAGAAUUCCUCAGCGUUCCAAAGUCCAGAGAAUCGGCGACCAAAUUUAAUAAGGUCAGUAUAGUUGCCGGAAUAAAUCGGUAUCUCCUAUAAACCUCCAUUUCCGACAAACCGUCUAGAGGAUUUUCUCUGUCAAACAAUCUUCUACGCGGGACAUUUUCGACGUUUUCA